AUGCAUAUCCUAAAACGGCAUCAUCCAAAAACAAGUAGCAGUCGAAAGGGGAAAAAGACUCUGCUGCGCAGAGUCUUCUCUUCCGAAAAGAAAUUGUCUCAAUCCUCCUUGAAGAAUCUAAAAAGCUUGGUUGGGGAUAAUGAUGAUGGAAAGGGAUCCAUUGGUGUGAGCGCGUCUAAGCUAUCACAGGCCAUAUCUUCGAAUUCACUUCCUGGGUUGGCCGAAGCUGAUUCCUUUGAGAGCAUAUGGACAACAAGGUCCGAUUCAAGCAUCGAAGAAGCGACGGAAAUUCAUGAGGAAUCAGCUGCCGCGAAGGAAGUCGUCUACUCUGGCGUGGAAUCUUCCCCAAGUUUCGAGCAAGAGCUUUCUCUUGUCCUACAAGAAACUAUUGAGAAGCUUCCUGAGCUAGAGGCAAACGUUCCAGAAUUCAACGUCGAUCAAGAAGAAAAGGGAUUGGAGAUUGAGUGCUCGGAUCCUGUCAAAGGGGAGGAUUUGCCAACGCCACCUUCGAGUACAAAUGCCGUUUUCUCUGGCGACUUCUGCGACUUUUCGUUCGCUAGCGAAAGUACUGUGGAAUCAGCGAACGAGAGUGCUGCUGCUCUACUACCCAAAACAGUUGAGAAGUCUCGCUCUCAAGACAUCUUCCGUUCCAAAGAACCGAGUGUUCAGAGCCCCAUCCGCAAUAGUGAGAAAAUCGACGACGAUCUGCUACAAGUAAGGUUCACACCUUCAUUUGAAGGAAUUGAGAUGACUCAAUCAUUCGAACAGCUCCAAACUAUCAAGGAGGAGCCUUCGUGGUAUACACCGUCUUUGUCCUUUGAGAUGGAUGGAACUGCCAUAAGAAUGAAUACACGUAGUAGUAUGCUCCGAGGGUGGAAGAUGAUGGUACGACCAUUCAUCGCCACAGCGAUGAUUGUAUUCCUUCUCGCUGUUGCAUACGAUAAUCGAUUUGCUCUUGAUAAGGUCGGAAGUCGUCUGAACGAACUCGUCACGCCCGUCCUAGGAGAUUUACUGGUACAACACGCUACUGAUGGGCCUGUUGUCAAAAGGACGUUUUACAACAAUCACCAUACUGUUGUGGGAGUAUGGUUGAAGUAA